GGGCCAAUGAGCGGCAGCGGCCCUGCUGGCCCGGGCACAGAGGGCACGGAGCGGAGAUAGAGCCGGGAUAGAACCGGGGAUAUUUGCCUCUGAAACAUAAAUGAGAUCAAGCAAAGGAUCCUCACCUGCUUAUCCCCGGAAGGUGACUGGCAGGUUGGGCUCCAGAGCCAUCCCAAGACCUGCUGUAGGCAUAUUUUGAUGUCUUUUAGUGCAAGAGGCUGGUACCUGGCACCAGCAUUCCCACCUGGCUCUGUGGCUGUGAGGAAUGGCCAUGGAAGAUCCUGACAGGAAGACUGAAGUGGUACUGCUGGCCUGUGGGUCCUUCAACCCCAUCACCAACAUGCACCUGAGGCUGUUUGAGCUGGCUAAAGACUACUUCAAUGAAACAGGAAAAUACAAAGUAAUCAAAGGCAUCAUUUCACCAGUGGGUGAUGCAUAUAAGAAGAAAGGUCUGAUCAGCGCGAAUCACCGAGUGACCAUGGCAAAACUGGCUACAAAAAACUCAGAUUGGGUGGAAGUUGAUGAUUGGGAAAGCUGCCAGAGCGAGUGGUUGGAAACCCUAAAGGUUUUAAGAUAUCAUCAUCAAAAGCUUUUAUCUGCUGGUGUCAAUAACAGUCUGCAGGAUGCUGUACCCAUAACAAAGCUGGGACGGAAGAGAAAACAGGAAUCAAAUAGGCACGAGCCCAUUAAAAAGAAAAAUCAGAGUCCGGCUGUAAAAAGUGUCCCACAGGUUAAACUGCUCUGUGGAAGUGACAUGCUGGAAUCUUUUGGAAUCCCCAAUCUGUGGAAGUUGGAAGACAUCACUGAAAUUGUGGAAAAACACGGUCUUGUGUGCAUCAGUAGGGCUGGAAACAACGUCCAGAAAUUCAUCUACGAAUCUGACAUUUUGUGGAGACAUAAGAGCAACAUCCACCUGGUGGAGGAAUGGAUCACCAAUGACAUUUCCUCCACCAAGAUCCGGAGGGCGCUGCGGCGGGGGCAGAGCAUCCGUUACUUGGUUCCGGAGGCGGUGCGGGCGUACAUCGAGCAGCACGGGCUGUACAGUGCCGAGAGCGAGGGCAGGAACGCGGGGCUGCUGCUGGCGCCCCUGCAGAAACAUGCCAGCGAGCCAGGGGCUCACUGAACUGCUGAACUGCUGCUGGCGCCCCUGCAGAAACAUGCCAGCGAGCCAGGGGCUCACUGAACAACUGAACUGCUGCUGGCUCCUCUGCAGAAACAUGUCUCUGACCCUGGGGCUCACUGAGCAACUGAACUGCUGCUGGCUUCUCUCGAAACAUGUCUCUGACCCUGGGGCUCACUGAACAGCUGAACUGCUCUCUGCAGGGGAAAGGCUACAUUUCAGUACAGGAAGGUGUGCUUUCUAGGGUCUACUUGGGGGCUUUUCUUAGGUACUAGUGGGCUAAUUCUGUACAUCUGUAGUUAGUAGUGAGGUUUUGUGCACUCAGUGAUUGGACCUACACAACCUUUUUUAAGUCCAAGAACAAGAUUUCCACAUUUUAAUGUUUUGUCCCAGUGCACUGAAGCAAGUAUAACAAUUCACAUUGGUACAUGAAAAUUGCAAAUGUAUAAGCAAAACAAAUGAAAAUGUUCUGAUUAGCUUUAAUUCAAACUACUCUGCUAUUUAUAAAACAGUAACACAAGUAUUUUAAUAACUUACAGUGUCUUAACAAAGUUAUUAGGUUUCAAAAGGUACCAUUUACUUAGAGUAAAUCUAUGUAAUUUUUUUUUUUAAAUUGUCAACAUGUGGUUCACCUCAAAAAAAUUAUUUAGCUCUGUCCUGGAAGGGAAAAGUUUCCUCCUGGCUGAAGUGGUUUUAGGUAUAGCGUGGUUUGAGCUGCUUGACUUUGAGCUAUGCAGCUGCUUGUUUGCUGUCAUACAGUUUGCUUCCAGAAAUGUCUUGUACUUUACUUUCAAGUAAAAGUUCAAGUUUCCAGGGCUGUAAUGUUAAGCUCAGUAUUGUUUCUGAUGGAAGGACAAACCUACCUCAGGAACUGGUUUAAAGCCAUUGAUUUAAUAGAUAGAAAUUAAUAAUAGUGUCAUUGCACUGAUUCUCAGACACUUGUCCCUUUAUUACAAAUAAUAAGUUUAUUUCAUAUAACAAAGUAUUUUUUGCUUUUGAGCUAUAAGUAGAAUAUAAUUAUAUGUAGCCAGAAUUGUUUUCUGUUACUAGAGAGAAAAUGGUAGGAUAUCAAUACUGACUGUAAAAUAUUUUCUGUGCUAGAAAUCUGGUUUUAAACCUAACAGAUUAUUGUCUACAAUGUAUGAACAUAAGCUAGAGAGGCACUGUGACUUUUGUGGUGAUAAAAUUCUACCUCCCUUUA